AUGCGCCUGAAAGCCCAGCUCACUGCAGUUACCAGUAACGGCCCUCGGCGAACACCAAACCCUCGGCGUACUUCCUCCGUUUCCCACACCCGCCGUCCACAAUCUUCAAGUAGCGUUUGCUGGUAUCACCAACAAUUUGGGGGAGCAGCUCGGCGGUGUCUUCAGCCAUGCUCUUUCAAGGCAUCUCCAACGGCCUCAGGGAGACGAUCCCACCCGACAGUAGAGGCCACUGCUGCUGGAAGCGCUGCCAAUCUUCACACUCGCCGUUUGUUUCUCUGGGAUCGUAUCGCUGGCGCCAAAUUCCUUGUCGACUCUGGUGCCGAGGUUAGCGUGGUUCCACCAACUCCGGCCGAACGCAAACACCGCAGCUCUUUUUGUCUUACAGCUGCCAACAACUCCAGCAUCCCCACUUUUGGACAGCGCUCCAUCACACUCGAUUUGGGCCUUCGUCGGAUUUUCCGAUGGGUUUUUAUUACUGCCGACGUUUCCGUCGCCCUCAUAGGCGCCGAUUUCAUAGCUCACUUCAAUCUACUAGUUGAUUUGAAGAAUCACCGACUCGUCGACUGCGGCACCAACCUUCAUGCCCGUUGUCAGUCCGAUGUGAACCCCUGCGUCAGCCCUCUUACUGUUAUGCCCAUUUCUGACUGUCCUUUGCACUCACUCCUCAGGCAGUUUCCCCGCCUGACCAACCCCUCAUUUCGAGAAGUGGAUAUUAAACACACAGUCACCCACCAUAUUUCCACCACCGGACCUCCCAAAUCUUGCCGAUCACGUCGUCUUGCUCCGGACCGUUUGAAGAUUGCCAAGGCAGAGUUCGAACACAUGCUCGAGCUCGGCAUCAUCCGACAGUCCGACAGCUGCUGGGCAUCACCCCUCCACCUUGUCCCCAAGAAGAAUGGCGACUGGCGACCGUGUGGUGACUAUCGGGCGUUGAACUCUGUGACUGUCCCCGAUCAGUACCCCGUCCCGCACAUCCAAGACUUCACUCUUUCGUUACAUGGUAAGCGAAUAUUCUCUAAGAUCGACCUUGUGCGUGCCUACCAUCAAAUCCCGAUCGAGGACAGUGAUGUUCCGAAAACUGCAGUGACCACUCCCUUUGGGUUAUUCGAGUUCACUCGUAUGCCCUUUGGUCUGAGGAACGCCACUCAAACCUUUCAGCGAUUAAUUGAUCAGGUUCUGCGAGGUCUCGACUUCGUCUACGCCUACAUUGAUGAUUUGCUAGUGGCUAGCUCUGACACUGCUGAACACGAGAUUCAUCUUCGACAGCUCUUCGAACGGCUCGACUCCUACGGCGUUAUCAUCAAUGCCGCCAAAUGUGACUUCGGAGUCCCCAGUUUAACUUUCUUGGGUCAUGUAGUAGAUUCUGAGGGAAUCAAGCCUGUCCCUGAUAAAUUUUCGGCCAUAUCAACGUUCCCCGUCCCGACAACCAUCAGCCAACUACGCCGAUUCUUGGGGAUGGUGAACUACUAUCACCGUUUUCUUCCCCAUGGUGCAUCACUGCAGCAAAUUGUUGGUGGUGUUCUACAACCUCUGGCUUUCUUCUCGAAAAAGCUAAGCCCUGCGGAGACCCGCUACACUGUCUUCGGCCGAGAACUGCUCGCCGUCUACCUAUCCAUUCGGCACUUUCGCCAUUUCCUCGAGGGUCGUGAAUUCGUUGUUCUCACAGAUCACAAGCCACUCGUUUUUGCACUGAGGGCCUCUCCCGAUCGAUACUCGCCCCGUGAAAUCCGUCAUCUUGACUUCAUCUCACAGUUUUCCUGCGACAUCCAACAUGUUCACGGAAAGGAAAAUGUGGUUGCUGAUGCUCUUUCAAGACUCGAGAUGGCCUCCAUCACAACAGACGCCAUAGACUUCACGCUCAUGGCUGAGGCUCAGCGAUCGGACGACGAGCUCUCCCAAUGCCGCCACGAGGACUCUUCUUUACGCCUUCAAGAUUUCCCCCUUCCCACUGGCACCGGCACAUCCCCUGUGACCUUUCUACCGGACAUGAACGUCCCUUUGUCCCUGCAACUUUACGACGACAGGUGUUCAACGCCCUUCACAAUCUAUCCCACCCUGGAGUCCGGGCGACAGUGA